CGCGGCGGCGGGAGCCGAGGGGGGGACGCACGCUCGCGCGCGCACUCGCUCGCGCGCGGAGGGGAGGCGGCCUCGCCACGAAGCGCGACCGAGGCCCGUGCAGGGUGUUCGCUUUCCUUCCUCACCCCCCCCCCCACCCCACUCCUCCCCAGUAUGGCAGCGAAGGGCGCCAGCGAUGCCGGCGGCCUCUCGGCGGGGUCUGGGAGGGACGGCGGCGUCGACGGCUGUCGGACGGUGUACUUGUUUGACCGGCGCGGGAAGGACUCGGAGCUCGGGGAACGCUCGCUGCAGGUCUCGGAGCGCGCGGGCUAUGCGGGGUUCCGCGCUUCGGUGUCUCAGACAAUUGGCAUUUCAUCUGAAGAAACAUUUGUUAUUACAACUACAAGCAGGAAAGAAAUUACCUGUGAUAAUUUUGAUGACAUUGUUAAAGAUGGAGUCACUCUAUACCUGCUACAAUCAGUUGACCAGUCACUGUUAACAGCGACUAAAGAAAGAAUCGACUUCUUACCUCACUAUGACACCUUGGUUAAAAGUGGCAUGUAUGAGUAUUAUGCAAGUGAAGGACAGAAUCCUUUGCCAUUUGCUCUUGCAGAAUUAAUCGACAAUUCAUUGUCAGCGACUGCUCGUAAUGUUGGUGUUAGGAGAAUACAGAUCAAAUUGCUUUUUGAUGAAACACAAGGAAAACCUGCUGUCGCAGUGAUUGAUAAUGGAAGAGGAAUGACUUCUAAACAGCUUAACAACUGGGCUGUGUAUAGGUUGUCAAAAUUUACAAGACAAGGUGACUUUGAAAGUGAUCAUUCAGGCUAUGUUCGGCCAGUACCAGUACCACGCAGUUUGAACAGUGAUAUUUCCUAUUUUGGUGUUGGAGGCAAACAGGCUGUUUUCUUUGUUGGGCAAUCAGCCAGAAUGAUAAGCAAACCUGCAGACUCCCAGGAUGUUCAUGAGCUUGUGCUUUCUAAAGAAGAUUUUGAGAAAAAGGAAAAAAAUAAAGAGGCAAUAUAUAGUGGAUACAUUAGAAACAGAAAGCCAGCUGAUUCUGUUCACAUUACAAAUGAUGAUGAAAGAUUCCUACACAAUCUUAUUGUGGAGGAGAAAGAGAAAGACAGCUUUACUACUGUGGUUAUUACAGGAGUGCAACCAGAGCACAUACAGUACUUGAAAAAUUAUUUCCAUCUUUGGACACGACAGUUAACGCAUAUUUAUCAUUACUAUAUUCAUGGACCAAAAGGAAAUGAAAUAAAUACAGCUAAAGAAGUUGGACCUUCCAGUAAUAUUGAUAUUGAAAUUUCUUUGUUUGAAAAAGGAAAGACACCUAAGAUUGUCAACCUAAAGGAAAUAAAAGACGACAUGCAGACAUUGUACAUAAACACAGCAUCUGACAGUUUUGAGUUCAAGGCUCACGUGGAAGGAGAUGGUGUGGUUGAAGGGGUUAUCCGGUAUCACCCCUUCUUAUAUGAUAGAGAAACGUACCCUGAUGAUCCAUGCUUUCCAUCAAAAUUAAGAGAUGAAGAAGAUGAUGAUGAUUGCUUCAUUCUUGAUAAAGCAGCGAGAGGGAAGAGACCUAUUUUUGAGUGCUUUUGGAAUGGACGGUUAAUACCAUAUACAUCAGUUGAAGACUUUGACUGGUGUGCUCCUCCUAAGAAGAGAGGGCUUGCCCCAAUUGAGUGCUUUAAUAGAAUAUCUGGUGCAUUAUUCACUAAUGACAAAUUUCAGGUCAGCACAAAUAAACUGACAUUUAUGGAUCUUGAGCUGAAAUUGAAAGAUAAGAACACCCUUUUUACACGAAUUUUAAAUGGACAGGAGCAGAGAAUGAAGAUUGACAGAGAAUUUGCUUUAUGGCUGAAGGACUGUCAUGAAAAGUAUGACAAACAAAUAAAAUUUACACUUUUUAAAGGAGUAAUUACCCGUCCAGAUCUUCCCUCUAAAAAGCAAGGCCCUUGGGCGACAUACUCAGCAAUAGAGUGGGAUGGAAAAAUAUACAAAGCAGGACAACUGGUCAAGACAGUCAAGACACUUCCUCUCUUUUAUGGAAGCAUAGUAAGAUUUUUCCUUUAUGGUGAUCAUGAUGGAGAAGUAUAUGCUACAGGAGGUGAAGUUCAGAUCGCUAUGGAACCCCAGGCGCUGUAUGAUGAAAUAAAAACUGUACCCAUUGCAAAGCUGGAUAGGACAGUUGCCGAGAAAACAAUUAAAAAAUAUGUAGAAGAUGAAAUGGCAAAGCUCCCUGAUAGAUUGUCUGUAACUUGGCCUGAAGGAGAUGAAUUAUUGCCAAAUGAAAUUAGGCCUGCCGGAACCCCAAUUGGUGCACUGAGGAUCGAAAUACUAAACAAGAAGGGGGAAGCAAUGCAGAAGCUCCCGGGGACAAGUCACGGAGGGUCCAAGAAGCUGCUGGUGGAACUUAAAGUUAUACUGCACACUUCAAGUGGAAAUAAAGAAAUCAUUUCACAUAUCAGUCAACAUGGAGGAAAAUGGCCUUACUGGUUUAAAAAAAUGGAAAACAUCCAGAAACUGGGUAAUUAUACAUUGAAAUUACAAGUGGUAUUAAAUGAAAGUAAUGCGGACACCUAUGCAGGAAGAUCACUACCAUCUAAAGCAAUAAAAUUUUCUGUUAAAGAGGGCAAGCCAGAAAAGUUUUCAUUUGGUCUUCUUGAUUCCCCUUUUCGUGUUGGAGUUCCAUUCAAUAUUCCUUUGGAGUUACAGGAUGAAUUCGGUCAUACUACCCAACUAUUAUCUGAUAUUCAACCAGUUCUUGAAGCAAGUGGUCUGUCUUUACAUUAUGAAGAAAUAACCAAAGGCCCAAAUUGUGUAAUUCAAGGUGUUGUAGCUAAGGGUCCAGUUAACUCUUGUCAAGGCAAGAAUUUUAAUCUGAAGGUUGUUCUUCCGGGUUUAAAAGAAGAUUCACAGAUUUUGAAAAUUAGAUUGCUACCUGGUCCUCCUCAUCGACUAAAAGUGAAACCUGACUCGGAAAUUCUAGUUAUAGAGAAUGGAACAGCCUUCCCUUUUCAGGUGGAAGUUGUGGAUGAGUCAGACAACAUAACAGCACAACCAAAGCUGAUUGUCCACUGUAAGUUUCUAGGUGCUCCAAGCUUACCAGUCUACACUGUGGAUUGCAGUAGCUCUGGGACCAGCAUCCUAACAGGGCCAGCAAUUCAAGUUCAGAACAUUAAGAAAGACCAGACGCUGACUGCCAGGAUUGAGAUACCUAGUUGUAAAGAUGUGUCACCUGUGGAAAAGACUAUCAAGUUACUUCCCAGUAGUCACGUUGCUCGCCUACAGAUAUUUAGUGUAGAGGGACAGAAGGCUAUCCAGAUCAAACAUCAGGAUGAGGUUAAUUGGAUAGCAGGUGAUGUAAUGCAAAAUCUAAUUUUUCAAAUGUAUGAUGAAGGAGAAAGAGAAAUCAAUAUUACACCAUCCUUGGCAGAAAAAAUUAAAGUUAACUGGACUCCUGAGGUUAACAAAGAACAUUUGCUACAAGGUCUGCUUCCUGAUGUGCAAGUACCAACAUCUGUGAAAGAUGUGCGCUACUGCCAGGUUUCUUUCCAAGAUGACCACGUCUCUCUGGAAAGUGCUUUUACAAUAAGACCACUUCCUGAUGAUCCCAAACAUUUAAAAUGUGAGUUAAAAGGAGGAAAAACGGUGCAGAUGGGCCAAGAGCUUCAAGGAGAAAUAGUUGUUACAGUUACAGAUCAGUAUGGAAAUCAGAUCCCAGCAUUUUCACCAGAUUCUUUAUCUACGUUGUCAAUUGCUGGAGUUGGACUUGAUAACUCUAACUUGAAAAUCACUUUUGAGGCUAACACACAGAGCAUAAGUGUACGAGGCAUCAGAUUUACUCCAGGUCCUCCUGGACAUAAGGAUCUUUGUUUUACUUGGCGAGAGUUUUCUGACUUUAUUCGAGUGCACCUAGUUUCUGGACCUCCAACCAAGCUGCUACUUAUCGACUGGCCAGAGCUGAAAGAGCCCCUUCCAGUGAUCAAUGGAAGACAGUUACAGAACCCUCUCAUUGUUCAACUUUGUGAUCAGUGGGAUAAUCACGCAUUAGUCUCACAUGUUAAAAUAAGUCUCAUAAAAGUCAACAGUUUAAGGCUAUUACCUUCAAACCAACAGCAUAAAACAGAUGAUAAAGGCAGAGCCAAUUUGGGGGUAUUCACUGUUUUUGCUCCAAGGGGAGUACAUACUGUGCAGGUUAAAGGUGUCUAUAAUAAGAGUACCAUAGAAGGACCUACAAUUAAGUUCAUGAUUCUUCCGGACCCUGAAAAGCCUAUUCGUCUCAAUGUUAAAUAUGACAAAGAUGCCUCUUUCAUAGCAGGUGGCAUAUUCACUGAUUUUAUGGUUAGUGUGAUCUCUGAAGGUGGUAAUGUCAUCAAAAAUAUCAAUCCAACACGCAUUUCCAUGAAAAUGUGGAAGCUGUCCAGUGGCGUGAGCCGGCCACCAACAAAUGCAGAAACAUUUAGUUGUAAUAAAAUAAAAGAUAAUGACAAAGAAGAUGGCUGCUUCUAUUUCAGGGAAAAGACAAUCCCUAACAAAGUUGGGGCAUACUGUAUCCAGUUUGAUUUUAUGAUCGAUAAAACAAAUAUGCUCAACAGCGAACAGGUUAUAAUUGAUGUUCUGCCUAAUGAACCUAUGAAGUUGGUUCCUGACAUCCAACCAGCUACCCCAGCUGUUUCUAAUGUUCGCUCAAUUGCCAGCAGGACCUUGGUCAAAGACCUACAUCUCAGUAUUACGGAUAAUUAUGGUAAUCAUACUGGAAUGAAUUUGGUUGGCACUGUAGUAGCUACCAUUAAAGGUUUCAAUGAGGAGGACACUGAUACUCCACUCUUCAUCGGGAAAGUUAGGACACUUGAAUUUCCCUUUGUGAAUGGUUCUGCUGAAAUCACAACUCUCGUGCUGGCAGAAAAUAGUCCUGGAAGGGAUAGUACUGAGUAUUUUAUUAUCUUUGAGCCUCGGCUGUCAACUUUAUCAAGAACGUUGGAACCAUAUAGCCUGCCAUUUAUGUUUUAUGAUGAUGUUAAAAAGCAGCAACAAAUGGCAGCACUUACGAAGGAAAAGGACCAGUUAUCGAAGUCCAUCGUUAUGUAUAGAAGUCUCUUCGAUGCCAACAAGCAGCUUGUUGAUGAAAUGAAAUGCCAAGUUGAAGAAGCAAAAUUAAAAGAGGUUCAGCUGAGAAAUGAACUAAAAUCACACAAUAUUGAUAUUCCUACAACACAACAGAUACCUCACAUUGAAGCACUUUUGGAAAAAAAGAUAACAGAACAAAAUGAACUAAAAAAAAAGCCCAGAAGAUCAUGUACUCUUCCAAACUACACUAAACGAAGUGGAGAUGUUUUGGGAAAGAUCGCACAUCUCGCACAAAUCGAAGAUGAUCGAGCUGCAAUGGUUAUCUCUUGGCAUCUGGCAAGUGACAUGGAUUGUGUGGUCACCCUGACCACAGAUGCCGCACGCUCUAUCUAUGAUGAAACUCAAGGUCGUCAGCAGGUGUUGCCUCUUGAUUCUAUUUAUAGGAAAACUCUUCCAGAUUGGAAAAGACCUCUACCUCAUUACCGAAAUGGUAAAUUACAUUUUAAACCUUUUGGAGAUCCAGUCUUUGCCCGAGAUUUGUUAACAUUCCCAGACAAUAUUGAACAUUGUGAAACAGUUUUUGGUAUGCUGUUAGGAGACACCAUUAUUUUGGAUAAUCUAGAUGCAGCCAAUCAUUAUAGAAGAGAGGUUGUUAAAAUCACACACUGUCCCACAUUACUGACUAGAGAUGGAGAUCGUAUCAGAAGUAAUGGAAAGUUUGGGGGCCUUCAGAAUAAAGCUCCUCCAAUGGACAAACUUCGGGGAAUGGUCUUCGGAGCUCCAGUACCAAAACAGUGUGUGAUCUUGGGGAAAGAAAUAGAUCUUAUUCAACAGUACCGUACUGCUGUGUGCAAGCUGAGUUCUGUGAACAAGGACCUGACUAAUCAGUUACAGUACCUUCACACUCCCGAUAUGAAGAAGAAGAAGCAAGAACUUGAUGAACAGGAAAAAAGUCUGAAACUAAUAGAGCAAAAACUCGGUAUGACUCCUACACGGAAGUGCAGUGACUCAUUCUGUCACUCAGCAAAGAUUGAGUUGACAGAGUGUCCAAUUCCUGCUAAAAGAAUGAGGAGAGAAUCGACUAGACAAAAUAGAAGACCAAAAGGUGAUGUACCAAACUGAAGACACUGCAAGAAUCCUGGCAAGAAUUUGCUGUUUCUCCAGAUGGGCCUGGAAGCAGCUGUUGAGUUGCAGAAUGUCAUUGGGCAACACAGACUCACUGGAAUGAUUCCAGUCAUUGUGUCUUUUGGUGGUUGGCUUACAAAUGUACACUCUUAACCUGUGACGGUCAAGCUGGCACUGAAGACAGAUAAACCUCCUGUUUCUCAGCAUAAUCAUGACUCUAUCAGAACUGUUUCUUCAAAGCAACCUUUUUUAUUGCUUUUUUGUGAACUUAUUUAACAAACACGUUUUGUCUUUUGUGUAUGAAAAGUUCUAGAGCUAGAUAUUUAAUUGUAAAUAUGUGUGGAAAGUUGAAUUUUGCAUUAAAAUGGAGAAAGCACAGGUGUCUGGAAAUUUAAAUGUUCAAAUACAUGGAAAAAUAAAUUGAUGAUGAUAGGAUAGCCUAAAGAGUGUAUCCUGUACAUAAGUAAGAUAUGCAGCGGCAUUGAUUUUUAUAAGUAUUGUCUGAAUUUAUUAAUAACUAGAACUAUAGCCUCAGCUUUAAUUCUACAUUUACAUUAUUUUCUAAUUUUUUACUACUAUUUUUAAGAAGUUAAAAACAUACAAGAAUGCAAUAAGUUUGUUAGGAAGCUGUUGUAUAAACAUUUCAACUGUCUAUUAACAUACACUGUGUAUGUCUGUAAGUGCAAGACUUUUGGUCUGUGACGUUAUUUUGUAAGGAAUACUUUUGGUACAGUUUUCAGUCCCAGGAAAUGUGUGUGUUUUUAAUCCUUUCUGAUUAUGCAGCAAGGUUAAUAAACAAUCAUUUCUCCUCCCAAAUUAGUGUUAUCCUUAAUUGAAAUUCAAAGCUUUGUAUAAGCUAUCAUAAAAGUAUUGACACAACUCUUCUGUGUUGUUGGCUCAAUAUUUGAAUUGUUGAAGAAAGAAACAAGAUAACAAUAGUAGAAUUGGUUACAGUGAAGACUGGCUUCCUGGCUGUGGAGGAGCACUCCUACCGAUAUCCUAAAACUUGGGAGUUGAAAGCCAGAAGAUCAAGAUCCAAGACCAUCCUUGGAUACACAGCCAAGUUCAAGGCUAUGUGAGACCCUGUCUUAGAAGAUCUGGAAAUGUUUUAAAAAUUAACCUUGGCGUUGCUCUCUGCCAUGAGGAGGAAUGAGAGCUGAUGGCCAGCUUCAGGCCAACCAAAGGAGGCGGUUACUUGCACCCUCUCUGCAAAUUGUCAUUUUGUGUUGGUAAGCAAUCUAUAAAGUCCCCACACAGCAAAUCCUCUAGUUGAGGAUUCUCUGAAUCUUUAGACUCUUAGAAAGGGGUUGGAGCAAAGGAAUUUGAAAAAAAAGCUUUAGUGAAUGUGGAAUGGAAAAUUUGCCAAGACUAGAAGAUGGACAGCAAGAGAGAGAAAGAAAUAUGAGGAGGAAGCAGAAGAGAAAAGUAUAGACACAUAGAACUUGAAAAUAAAGAUUUAGGAAAGGAGGAAAAAGGAGCAAGAAGA